CGAUCUCGUGUGUCCGUGAUUCGUGGCUGUGUUACUACUACUACUACUAAUUAAUUUAACGUGGGGACGCCAUCAUGGUUCAUCAAGGUUAUUUCGAUUUGUAUUCACCAGAUAUACAGAUAAGUAUUGUAGACAUAUUUCACUUGGGGUUUGUGUUUCUCUUCUAUCUGCUACUACUCCUAAGUUUUUUUAGGAAAAAUAAUGCAGAAAGAUGUAGGAGAAGAAGUUAUUCGAUAUCACUAUCAGUUGCAUUUUGUUGUUUUCUCACUUCCAUUUCAUAUCUAAUUGCUGGUUUAUGGGAAGCAACUGAUAAAUCCCCUCAAUUAAACUGGUGGGUCUUCAUUGUUAGAGCACUAGUUUGGGUGUCAUUGAUGGUUUCGUUGCUCAUAGAAAGAUUUAUCUCAGUCAAGAUUCUAGCUUCUGUUUGGUGGCUUUUUUGUUUCGGGUCAAUAUCUAUUGUGAAUAUCAAGAGCAUAGUAGAGAAACAUAGUAUCAAAAUCUUGGGUUUGGUAGAAUGGGCUGCUAGCUUCUUUCUUAUCAUAUGUGCUUUAAAAAACUUAAAACAUUUUAUUGCUUGUUACAGACAAAGCCAUACGUUAUUCGAGCCCUUGUUGAUUAAUGAAACACAGGAUUGUAAUACAAGUCAACUAGAAGAGCCUAGUUUUCUAAGUAAAUUAACCUUCUCUUGGGUGAACCAAUUGCUUUCCUUAGGAUAUAGAAAACCAUUGGUUCUUGGAGAUAUCCCAUCUCUAGCACCCGUAGACCAAGCAGCCAUCGCCCAUGAGAAAUUCACGAAGGCAUGGGAUUCCCUUCAAACAGGAAAAACCUCGAAUAAUACUAACAUAGUUCCUAAAGCAUUAGCAAAAGUUUAUUUUAAAGAGAUGCUUUUAUCAGGAUUAUGUGUCUUUCUUAGGACCAUAUCUGUCAUCAUUAGCCCGUUGCUACUCUAUGCCUUUGUUGAUUACUCCAACCGUAAGACUAAAGAUUUACAUCAAGGACUUUUAUUAGUUGGUUGCUUAAUAGUAGUCAAGAUAAUGGAGUCAUUGUCCCACAGACAGUUUUUCUUCAACGCAAGAAGAACCGGCAUGAGGAUGAGAUCGGCUUUGAUGGUGGCAGUGUAUGAAAAGCAGCUUAAACUUUCAAGUUUAGGAAAGAAAAGGCAUUCUACAGGGGAAGUUGUAAAUUACAUAGCGGUAGAUGCAUACAGAAUGGGCGACUUCCCUAUGUGGUUUCAUGUCGGUUGGUCAUCUUUUGUUCAGUUAUUUCUAGCUAUCGGUGUCCUGUUCUCCAUAGUAGGACUAGGUGUUCUUCCUGGUCUAGUCCCUCUAAUCAUAUGUGCACUUCUUAACAUACCGUUUGCAAAGUCUAUGCAAAAGUGUCAGUUAGAAUUCAUGGUGGCUCAAGACAAGAGACUAAGAUCCACAUCUGAGAUCCUAAACAGCAUGAAGGUUAUUAAGUUACAAUCUUGGGAAGAAAAGUUCCAAAAACUAGUUGAAUCUUGUAGAGACAUUGAAUUCCAUUGGCUGUGUGAAUCUCAGUUCAAGAGGGCUUUUGGCACGGUUUUGUACUGGAUGUCACCAACGCUCAUUUCUUCAUUUGUCUUUUUUGGAUGUGUGCUUCUGAAAAGUGCUCCACUGGAUGCAGCCACUAUCUUUAGCAUAUUAGCAUCACUACGAAGUAUGGCUGAACCCGUAAGAGUGUUGCCAGACGCACUUUCUGCAUUAAUCCAGGUCAAAGUAUCCUUUGACAGGAUCUAUUCUUUUUUAGUUGAUGAUGAACUUAAAGAUCACAGGAUGAUAAGGAACCAAGAACUUAAAACUUCAAACGCCCAUAUCACAAUACAGGAUGGAAAUUUUGCCUGGGAUCCUGACUCACCCACUCCAACCCUUAAGAACGUAAAUCUUGAAGUAAAAUGCGGGCAGAAGGUUGCAGUCUGUGGCUCUGUUGGUGCUGGAAAGUCUUCUAUGCUAUAUGCACUUCUAGGAGAAAUAUCCAAAACUUCAGGAACGGUGGAUAUUUUUGGAUCAAUUGCGUAUGUUAGCCAAACAUCUUGGAUUCAAAGUGGGACGGUUCAAGAUAACAUACUGUAUGGCAAGCCAAUGGACAGAACUAAAUAUGAAAUGGCUAUUAAGGCGUGUGCUUUGGAUAAGGAUAUCGAAACUUUUAACCAUGGUGAUCUAACUGAAAUAGGACAAAGAGGCCUUAACAUGAGUGGUGGACAAAAGCAGAGGAUUCAACUCGCUCGAGCACUCUAUAAUGAUGCUGAUAUUUAUCUUCUAGACGACCCUUUCAGUGCGGUAGAUGCACAUACAGCAGCUACCCUCUUUAAUGAUUGUGUCAUGAGUUGUUUAGAGAGUAAAACCGUCAUUCUUGUCACUCAUCAAGUGGAAUUUCUCUCGUCGGUUGACAAUAUUCUGGUUAUGCAAGAUGGUCAAGUUACACAAUCAGGAAGCUACAAGGAUCUUUUGAUGGCAGGAACAGCUUUUGAACAACUUGUGAAUGCUCAUAAAGAUGCCAUCACUGGUUUAGAACCUACUGGAAAUUUGGAUGAAAGCAAAGAAGAUACGGAUAAAAGUAACCUAAGUAAAGCAAACAGUGAUGGGCAGUUACUGAAGGGCCUACCAGGAGUUCAGCUGACUGAAGAAGAAGAGAAAGAGCUUGGAAAUGUUGGAUGGAAGCCUUUCUUUGAUUACGUUGUUAUCUCACAAGGAAUUUGGUUCUUGUCUUCUUGUGUUCUAAGUCAAAGCGGUUUUGUUGCUCUUCAGGCAGCAGCAAGUUAUUGGCUAGCAUUUGGUAUUCAGAUCCCCCAAAUCACCACCAUCAAGUUGAUUUUUGUUUACACUUUUCUCUCAACAAUGAGUACUUUAUUCGUCUUUGGGAGAUCAUUUUUUGCUACCCUUAUGGGAUUAAGAGCCUCCAAGUCAUUCUUUAAUAAGUUCACCAAUUCCAUUUUUCGUGCACCCAUGGUCUUCUUUGACUCUACUCCGGUUGGACGAAUUCUGACAAGGGCCUCAUCUGAUCUUAGUGUCAUUGAUUUUGACAUACCCUUUUCAUUCGCCUAUGUAUGUGGAUCUGGUAUUGAACUACUAGCCAUGAUUUGCAUCAUGGCCUCAGUGACCUGGCAAGUUCUCAUUGUAGCCAUCUUUGGAAUGGUAGCUUCAAAAUAUGUUCAGGGAUAUUAUCAACCAACUGCAAGGGAACUAAUGAGAAUCAAUGGAACCACAAAAGCACCUGUGAUGAAUUAUGCAUCUGAGACGUCACUUGGAGUGUCAACAAUACGGGCAUUCAAGAUGCAAGACAGGUUCUUUAAAGGCUACCUAAGACUGGUGGACAUAGAUGCAAGCACUUUGCUUUUUUCAAAUGCAACUUUAGAAUGGUUGGUUAUGAGAAUAGAAGCAUUUUCAAACCUGACCUUGUUCACAGCUAGUUUUCUUCUUGUUUUGUUACCAACGGGUUUUGUGCCAUCAGGGUUGGUUGGACUAUCUCUUUCUUAUGCACUGACGCUGACGGGUACCCAAGUGUUUAUGACUAGAUGGUAUUGUAGCUUAGCGAAUUACAUCAUUUCAGUAGAACGGAUCAAACAAUUCAUGCACAUUGCACCAGAGCCACCGGCAAUUGUAGAAAAAAAAAGACCGCCAUCAUCUUGGCCUUCCAUGGGAAGGAUACAGUUCCAGAAUCUCAAGUUAAGGUAUCGUCCAAAUGCACCACUAGUUCUUAAAGGUAUCAGCUGUACAUUCAAAGAAGGGACUAGAGUUGGGAUCGUUGGAAGGACAGGAAGUGGAAAGACAACACUGAUAACAGCCUUGUUUCGUUUGGUAGAACCUGAUAGUGGAAGAAUACUUGUAGACGGACUGGACAUUUGCUCUAUUGGGCUUAAAGAUCUUAGGAUGAAACUAAGUGUCAUCCCCCAAGAACCGACCCUAUUUAGGGGUAGCAUUCGAACAAACUUGGACCCUCUUGGACUACAUUCCGAUGAUGAGAUAUGGAAGGCAUUGGAGAAAUGUCAGCUUAAAGGUACAAUUACAAGGCUUCCAAAUUCCCUAGAUUCAUCAGUGAGUGACGAAGGAGAGAACUGGAGUGCUGGACAAAGACAAUUAUUCUGUCUUGGAAGAGUAUUGCUUAGGAGAAAUAAAAUCUUGGUACUUGAUGAAGCCACUGCAUCCAUUGAUUCAGCCACUGAUGCCAUUCUACAAAGAAUCAUUAGGGAAGAAUUCUCUAGUUGUACUGUCAUAACCGUUGCUCACAGAGUUCCAACUGUUAUAGAUAGUGACAUGGUCAUGGUUCUAUCUUUUGGAAAAAUGGUGGAGUAUGAUGAGCCAUCAAAACUAAUGGAGGCUGAUUCUUUCUUCUCAAAGCUUGUAGCUGAAUACUGGUCGAGUUGCAAAGGGAACUCCGUGCAAAAAGUUGAUGAAAUCCAGUGAUAGCAUAAGCUUUUACUAUGUUGUUAUGCCACGAUGGUGGCUUUCCGAGGUAAGGUGGGAAAUGGGUUGAGUUGUAGAAAACUCCGGGUGCAGUUCGGAAGCAACAUUGAGCUCGAGCACUAUUAGCUUAUUGAUCAAAUAUAUAGUGUGAGUAAGUAGACUAGUGCUUUCACCAUGUUUGAGUUUUUGAAAGAAUAGCACGGAUAUUAUAGACUAAUAAGUUCGAGCCACACAUUAGUUUUAAGGAGCUCGGCUAGUGAAAGAAAUUAUAUAUCCAUUAUUGCUCUUCACAUAUAUAACAUACAUUUUAUCAUUCAAAUAGAUUAAGAUUUAAGGAUGACAA